AUGCACGCCUACAGCAAACACCAAGCGGGGGAGGAGGCGUCAGCGCCCAUGUGGGUCGUCCACGUGAAAGAUGUGCUCAAGAUGCGAGGGCGUCCUGAACCUCACCAAACAUUGAAGAAGGCUGGGAUCCUCCUGGAGCGGCUGGCGGGCUACAAGGUCCUGUUCGUGUCUCACCAAUGGCAGAGUUUCUCACACCCUGAUCCUGAAGGGAAACAGCUACAGGUGUUGCAGGAAGCUUUGUUGAACAUUAUCAACUCAAGAGUCAAGGUGGAAAUGGAGUUCCUUGCGCAGUUCGAAGGCUACUUCCGAGUGCUGUCAGCAGAAGAAGGCAAGCAGCUGGAGAACGCGUACAUUUGGUUCGAUUGGUUUUCGGUGCCUCAGACAGAAAAUAUACCUUCUUCGCAGAUUGAAGAAGUGCGAGCCUUGCAAAAGCGACACAUCUUGUCCAUUCCACGCUACGUGCAGUGUUCCCAAGUGUUCAUGGCACUGGUCCCCCCGCUUCGGCACUUGGAAACAGGAAUCCCAUGUGACUACCACAGCUGGCUGGGUCGGGGGUGGUGUAGAACUGAGAUGUGGUGCAAACUUCUCGACCCGGAGCCCUCCAUGCCCAUCAUGGUCGCCUUCUCAGCCGCAAAGGUGGAGUUCGUCGGUUCUUUGAGUUGGGUUCGGUCACCCGUGCAUGAAGGCAACUUCGCUGUGGAGUCUGAUCGGAAAGUUUGCAGCCAAGUGGUGCGGACCGCCAUCGAUACUUACCUCGCCCAUCUCCGCGAUAACGACAAGGUUGGCAAUCUCUUCCGCUACUUCGCAGGCAGGUAUGAAAGCUUCUCGGGGUUGUCCCCUCCCGCAAGAAGCUUGGAGGACUUUCUGCAGACUUUUCGGUUUCCUUCCUUGGAUGCCGCCCUGAAGCAGCAGAAGGGCAUGGGAGCGGUGGCAUGUGCAGCAAUGUCUGGGGAUGUUGGGCUGCUACGGCAGUUGGUCAAGAUGAAAGCGCCCUUGGACACCAAGCUGCAAGGCCUUUGGGAAGUUGCAUUGCCAGCCGGUUCGAAUGCUGUGAUCGUUGCGGCAACUUGCGGGAAGUGGAGCCACGCGGCCUUGGCGGAGAUGCUGAAGCUGAAGGCAGAUCCCAACAGUGCUUGCAAUUCUGGCGGGGCAGCACUGUGCUUCUGCACAACUCCUGAAGGAGUCGAGUUGCUGGUGAGCCAGGGUGCAGAUGUAAAUCUGCGGAAUCCAGUCGCAAAGUGCUCUGCCCUUUGUGGUCAGCUGAUUCGUGGCGGGAACACGAAGACAUGUGCCAAAUUGCUUGAACUCCGUGCGGAUGUGAGUGACAGCGACGGAGGCCUUGGUCAAACUCCUCUUCAGUUUCUUCUCCUGUCGUACUCCGACAACGCCGAAGGUCUAGAGACUGCGAAAAUGCUUGUGAAGGCUGGGGCCGAUGUCAACAAGCGUGGAAAGAGUGGUGGAGUCUUCCGACCUCUGACGGUCGCCUGCCGUACUAUGAAGCUUGCCCGCAAGAAUCCUUCUUUGCUGGUGUCGUAUAUGGCGGAGAUGAGCACGACAGCGCUGGGCACGGCAUGUUACUACGGCAUUCCAGAGAUGGUCAAAUUUCUUCUCGCAGCCCGCGCCGACCCUGACAUCCGCAAUGACCGUGGCCGUCCAGCCUACGCUCUGGCGCGGCAUGAAAGUAUCCAGGAGAUUCUCUACGACUUUCGGAGUGGAGGCAAAGAGUGGGAAGAGACCCUGCAAACCAGGGAGUCAUCUGAGCAAGCUGCUGAGGAACCUGGCAUCGAAGAAGCCGAACUGAUCGAAGUGAUCUUCUAA